ACCACCCAGGUUUCUGCAUACUAAUGGUUGUGCAUUCCAUUCUGUUUGAUUAUCUUUGGCAAUGUCCUGGAGAUACUUCACUUAACCUGUGAUUGGCAUUUCCACUCAUAAGAUAAUGAUAACAUGAGACUUCAGUGAAGCAGAGAGUCUUCACUGCAAUGAACUGAGAAAGAAAAAUGCAUGUAUAAUUAGUCACUAGCACAACAAAAAAAAGUAAAAAGUCACAUGGCAAAUUCCACCGAGCAGUUCUCGAAACAUAUAAAAGAAUUGUUAGAACUCCCAAGUACCGUAUCUAAUGGCGACAAGCAAGGUAAGUUUAUAUAUUCGUUUGGAACUAAUUGAGCAUAUUUCCCAAAGACUCAAGUGACUUAGAAAAUAACAUGCAUCGCUUGCUCAGUGAGAGUCUGUCUUGUUUUCAAUUAUGUUUGCAUGAUUCAUUUCAUCAUGCUUGGUUUAUGGUGGUGGGUAUAAUGCUGGAUGUUGCUGUCACUGAAUGAAAGUGAGCUGAGAAGAGAACAGAACAUCUCUCUCUGCAUGUAGAUGAAGAAGUGACCCCUAGAGAGUUCUGCCAGCAUCAUGGACUACCAACCUUUGUUACAGAAGAAACAGAUAAGUAGGCCUCCAGUCAGCAGGCUCUUCUUUGCUAUCUGUGCAGUUGGAAUCGGAGGAGCUUUUCAGUAUGGGUAUAAUGUUUCAAUUAUCAAUGCUCCUACUCGACAAAUCCAGCAAUUUAUUAAUAGUACAUGGUACUCCCGCCAUCAGUCCAACCUUGAGGAAGGUUUGCUGACACUUAUCUGGUCUAUCAUUGCUUCAGUGUUUACUCUGGGUGGAUUACUUGGCACGCAUAUUGGAGGACUUCUGGCUGGUAAACUGGGCAGGAAAAGAACUCUGCUAAUGAACAAUUUCCUUGCAAUACUGGCUGCAUUCCUAAUGGGUAUUGCUUAUCCCAGUGGAUACUUUGAAUUUCUAAUAGUUGGAAGAUUGAUUAUAGGCAUCAAUGCAGGUAUCGGCUUAUGUGUGCAACCAUUAUAUCUAGGAGAGGUUGCACCUAGGCACAUUAGAGGCCUCACUACCGUGGGCUUGAACAUUUUUCUGACUGGUGGAAUCUUUACCGGACAGCUGGUUGGUUUAAGAGAGUUAUUUGGUGGAGGGGACAACUGGCAUUUCUUGUUGCCCACCUGCUGUAUACCAGCUAUUCUACAGUUGAUUAGCCUUCCCUGGUUUCCGGAGAGUCCCAGGUACCUCCUUAUAGAAAAGAAAAAUGAAUACCAAUCUCAGAAAGCACUGAAAAUGUUAUAUGGCUCGGAGCACUUCCAGCCUGAGAUGGAUGAUAUACAGAAAGAAUCAUGUGCUUUGAAUGGUGAAAAACCAAAGAAGAUAUUUCAGUUGUUCACAGAUCGGACAAUAAGAUGGCAGCUAGCUAUUAUCAUUCUAACAAACAUUGGCCAGCAACUCAGUGGAAUUAAUGCGAUUUACUUCUAUGCAGCAUAUGUGUUUACAAAAGCUGGAAUCCCUGCUGACAAUAUUCCUUAUGUGACACUGGGAACUGGACUUUGUGAAUGUCUCACUGCUCUGACCUGUGGUCUACUCAUAGACAGUGCUGGAAGAAGGGUCCUUAUUAUUGGAGGAUACACACUGAUGGCAUUUUGGUGUAUUGUAUUAACACUGACGCUAACAUUUCAGGAUUUAUAUCCUUGGAUACCAUAUCUAAGCGUGAGUGCAGUGUUUGCCUUUAUAUUAAGCUUUGGAUUAGGUCCAGGAGGUGUUACAAAUACCCUAACUGCAGAACUAUUCACUCAGUCCUCUCGAUCUGCAGCAUUUAGGAUAUCCGGAUCUGUAGGCUGGAUAACUUUCUUUACCAUAGGGAUGAUUUUUCCAUUUUUAGUGAAUGGACUCAACCAGUAUUGUUUCCUGUUUUUCUUUGUGGAGUGCCUUUUAACUGCAAGUUUUAUAUUUUUCUUUGUUCCGGAGACAAAAAACAAAUCAUUUCUCGAAAUCAGAAAAGAAUUCCAAAAGCGUUAUCUCAGGCAGUCUCUCCCAAAUUCAGAAACUGAACCAGAUAAUCUGGAGCUUCAUAUUUAGCAAUGGGACCGUGCUUUAUUUACUGGGUAUUUUGUUUUACUCCAAGACAUUUUUUUUUUUUUGUAACAAAUACAAGUUUAAAUUCAAACUGCAAUAAAAAAAAAAGAAUCGCUCUCAGGGGCAGAUUUAUCAAAGGUCGAGGUGAAGUUUCGAAGUGAAA